AUGCCGCACACCAAAACCGACACCGCGUUCCGAUACCCCCAGAACGAUGAGCAGAGCCGUCGUCUUCGCAACACCACCCAGAAUCAAAGAGCUGCUGAUCGACAGCAAUUUUCAUCGCAGUCAGCCACUGCGGCAUCCCUGGCAGCCGAUCCCACCUCUAGCUGGGGUCCAGAGGAAUACUUUGAGACCACCGUCGAUGAGUAUGAUGGUGCGAGGAUGAAUAGAGGCGUCUCAGGCCAGGAUGAGGCGGAUGCCUUUGAGGCUGCGAAUGAUAAAUUUGAUUAA